AUGGUUUCGACAGAGCAGCCUCUGGAUGCUUUCUUAAGCCCUCUGGAUGUUGACGCCGCAAAGAUCCAUAAACUGGCCAAAAGCCUAGCUUCCACCUUCACAAGGCUUGCUAAAGAAUCCAAGAACCAGUUUUUGUCUACGCCGAUCUCGGAGGAGGUUUUGAGGUUCGAGGGGGAUGUUGACGGCCAGUACCUGGCGAUUGACAUUGGAGGAACCAACCUUAGAGUGGGCUUUAUAGAGUUAUUGAGCCUUCCACAUCCCCAGUCAGAAGCUUCAGACUUGAACGGAAAAGCUUCUACAGAUGCUGGGUCUAACCCUCAGCCAAGUGUCCAGAGACACUUGGAAAAGUCAUGGCCGAUAGGAGAGCAGCUAAAGAAUAACAAAGCUGAAGAUUUAUUUGCGUGGAUCGGGACGUGUAUAGCGGAGAUUGUGCGUGAAGGAUGCCGAAUAUGGGAUGGAAAAUUACCAGACCAGAUUCCCCUUGGAGUUACAUUCUCGUUCCCCAUGAUCCAACACACGCUAUCUAAAGCUACGCUUAUGUCAAUGGGAAAGGGGUUUGCCAUUACCUCCAACCUUGACCUAGGCAAACUGCUCUUAGAAGGCUACGAAAGCGUUCGAGACCCAUCGUUACCCCGAAUCAGGAUCACCGCCAUAGUGAAUGAUGCUGUAGCAACACUCGUCUCCUUCGCCUACCAAUUCCGCAGCAAUGCCCGCCGCAAAGCAGCAAUGGCUGUAAUUGUAGGCACAGGAUGCAAUGCCACCAUUCCCCUCGCUCUUAACAAACUACAUCCUAGCAAGAGACCCACGGAUCUCAAAGUCCUGGACGAUAGGGCCCCUUCAGAGGACCUCAAAAUUACGGUCAACACAGAAUGGUCUAUCAACGGAACCGCAGUCCCACUCAAAGAACUAAACUUCAUUACAUACUGGGACACGAUCCUCGACUCUCAAGGCGAAGUCCCCGGGUUUCAGCCCUUCGAAUACAUGACCGCAGGCCGCUAUCUCGGUGAACUCGGACGUCUCAUAAUCCUAGACUACUUCACAAAUCACUUGCACAUCCCCAUCUCCUCUCUCCCCGCUAAACUCCUCAUAAGACACGGCAUAACCACCACAUUCCUGGGGAAUCUCGGCCCUCACCUAAGCAACAUCGAGCCCUCCAUGCUUAGACAAUUAGAAUCCGAAUUGCCCAGUCAGGAUGGCGAGGGUGCAUGGCAAUGGACGCAAGAAGCCGCCGAAAUAGUCUUCAAAAUCAGCAAGGCGAUACAAGUCCGCGCCGCAGGCAUGGCAGCCGCAGCUAUUAUCGGGUUGUUAGCUUGUGCCGAUGAAGUGGACUUUACGUGUUUGCCAGUGCACUCCCCACGUCAAAAUGGUAAUACUGCACCUAUGCCUAUUUCACCAGCGAACCAGGUGGAAGAAUUGAUGGUGGGAUAUACAGGGGGCUGUAUUGUGCAUUUCCAGGAUUACCUAGAGGAUUGUCAGCGCUUCCUGGACGUUAUUAUGGAUGUGGAGUUUGCAGGUUCUAAGGUGCCGAGGGUACUCUUGACGCCUUGUCAUGAUGGGGGGAUUAUUGGCGCCGGCAUUUUAGCAGGGACUGUCAUGGGUAUUAUGAAUGAUACGUCAACAUGA